CUCGUGACAAGCCAGCAGCCAUGACAAUCCUUGCACAACAUCCAUCAGCUGGGCGCGUAUUAAAGAAAGAACGAGAUGAUCCCAAGGAAACCCCUCUUCCAAAGUAAAUAUGGCGGUGAUGAGGGUUACAAGCCUUGUUCAGCGCUAUGGGUCGCCAAUCCCAAUCGUUACCCUGUUCCUUCUCUCAGGCUGCUGCCCCAAAUAUGUGUUGUGCGUGCGUAUGGAGUCGUUUUGGGCGGCAUAUAUGAUAUCCCCCCCGUCAAGCAACGUUAAGAGAAAGUCCAUCGGGAAAAGUCUAACCCGGCACCCCUACAAUCCUGUCGCCCCCAUAACAGCGUUUUCUUCUCUCUCGCCUUCACGCAUUUGGUAUAACGAGACAGGAGAGCAUAGCAUACAAUCGAAGCAGAAGAAUACAUCACAGGCAGCAAUACACUUUUUCUCUUGUCCCCCACCGCACGUCCAUUCCAGUCAGCCCCGGCGCAGCCCGCCCCUCCCAGGUUCUUGAAGAGAAAGCUUAGAUCUGUACGAUUUUUUUCGCUCGAGAUCCCAGCGCAGGACGUUGGCUAUACUACGUACGCACCCGGGACGAAACGGGGGGAAACGGAACGGGGGCAGGAUCUGGAUGCGGGAGCUGCACACAGCAUAGUUAGAUUCUACACAAAAACAGCAUCAAGGGAACGUUGCAAUAACAUCCCAUAGCACCCCCCACCCCCCAACACGAAUGGCAGCCCAACCCUUCUGGUCGUCCGUCCUCCGCGUCACCCGUCUCGGUGGGGGGAGCAGCACGGCCACCACCACCACCACCACUACCAACACCGCGGGGACCCGGCCUGCGACAUCCACCUCCAUGGCAUCGUCAUCAUCCUCAUCGAGUAAACAAUCGCCUCGAUCC